GGUUAUUCUGUUUGACAAGUCGCUGGGCAACUGGUUAGCGACCGGUAACUAAUAAACAUCAACCACUUGUUUACAUACUUUUAAUCAGAGAAUAACACACAACCAAAUAAAAUGGAAAAACCUCAGAAAAUGCCCAAAGUAGCUAAGUUGCCUUAAGGUGGUCAGCGACAGUCGAUUUGCUAACUGAAAGAUUCUCUGCAAGUUCUCGAACAAUUGUUCUGGGAUUUUCUUCGAACAAAGCUCACAGAACAUCAUCUAAGGAAGAAAUCCUUCCUUGACCUUCUUUGUCUUAAAGGUUUCAGGGGAUAUUAUAAAUUGGAGAAUGGUCACCCUUAGGCCUUUCACCUGUACGGAUCUGCUCCAGAUAAAUGAAAUAAACCUGGAUCCAUUGACGGAAACAUAUGGAAUGCCUUUUUAUAUGCAGUAUUUGGCCCUGUGGCCCGAGUUUUUUAAAGUCGCGGUCUCACCCACAGGAGAAUUGAUGGGCUACAUCAUGGGAAAGGCAGAAGGAAAAGGCGAACUUUGGCACGGCCACGUGACCGCAUUGACGGUAUCACCUAAAUACAGGCGGUUAGGAAUCGCCGGCAUUUUGAUGAAAUCCUUAGAAGACAUAUCAGAAAGGAAAAACUGUUAUUUUGUCGACCUCUUUGUCAGGGUCAGUAAUAAAAAUGCAAUAGCCAUGUACAAAAAACUAGGCUACACUGUCUACAGGACAGUCAUGGAAUAUUAUUCCGGAGAGCCAGAUGAAGACGCUUACGAUAUGAGAAAAGCAUUGAGCCGAGACGUCCUGAAGAAAUCUGUCGUCCCUUUAGUCCAUCCUGUCAAAGCGGAGGAUGUCGAGUGAGCUGAUUUUUUACACCUGUUUAAAAAUGAUACCACCUCACAACUGGAUUUUCAAAAAAGAAAUUGUGUUCUUGAUAAUAUACAUUUGAAGGAAGGAUAACCUACUUUUAAAAAAAAAUCAUUAACAUAAAAAUUUCCUGUAAAAUUUUCUGUAUAGUAUAACUUAUGUUUUGUCUGUUUA